AUGGCGGUAGUCACCGAAGGUAUCGGCAGUCAUGACGAAAUUCCCUCGCCCGUGGUAAUGGAAGCUUCCACAUCCGAGCGGCGGGAGUGUCGUGAAUCCGACCAAGACUGGGAAAGUCGGGGCAGGCUCAUCCAUGACUACCUGGAAAAGAACUCCCCAGAGUUUGUCAAAGUCCGCAACUUGCGCAAGAAAGGAUGGGAGAACCCUGCAGGUGACACUUUCUUCGAGAACCAGCGUCGCGCCAAGAGAUGCAAAGAAAACACGGGCGCCCUCAAAGUCAAAACCCCUAGCUGGGGCAAGACGCAGAUCCUUGACAUGGGCAUGGCGCCCGGCGGCUUCCUCGCAACGGCGAUGCAUCUAAACCCAGGCGCUCAAGCAACGGGCUUCAGUCUUCACGAAUCUGACGGAGGUCAUAAAGCCAUGAUACCGGACAAUCUUGACAUCGACCGCAGAGACGUCGACGUGACCAUGCUCGCUGCGGACAUGGGCAUCAAUGACGUUCCUGCCGACCACCCAGACUUUGCCAAGUUCCUACCUCGCCAAUUCACGCCUAGCCAACAGUUCGAUCUCGUCAUUUGUGGAGGAACAAAGGUGCACAAGCAAGAGCGUGCCUCAUAUCGACUUGAGAGCGAGUCUCAGCGACUGACUGCCAGCCAGCUUGCGCUCGGCCUCGAGCGGCUGAGACCUGGAGGAACGAUGGUUGUACUCUUCCACAAGAUGGAGGCUUGGGGCACAAUUUGUGAGCUCUACUGCUUUUCCCAGUUUUCCGAGAUCAAAACCUUCAAGCCGACGACUGGUCAUAACAAGCGCUCCUCGUUCUACAUGGUGGCUACGAGAGUGCAGAGCAAGAGCAACCUGGCCAUCCAGGCCGUCCAUCGCUGGAAAGACAUUUGGCAGGCUGCCACAUUCGGGUCCGAGAAAGAAUUCCACGAGUCUAGGCGCAAGAACUUGCCUGACGUUGAGGAGGUACUUGACAAGUUUGGUGAUCAGCUUUUGCGAAAGGGUCGGAGAGUUUGGCAUAUUCAAGCACAGGCUCUCGAGAAGGCGCCUUUUAUGCAGGGCAAGUAG